AUGUUCGACCCGGAGGGACCGGAUGGUCGAGAAUUAGCAAUUAUUCUCGUUAAAGAUGCGAAAGAACUAUAUUUAUUACUAUUUUUGCUAUUAUUAUUACUAUUUCUAUUAUUACUGUCAUUAUUAUCACUAUUACUAUUAUUAUUGUUAUUAUUAUUAUCACUAUUACAACUGCUGUUAUUAUUAUUAUUAUUAUUAUUAUUAUUAUUAUUAUUAUUAUUAUUAUUAUUAUUAUUAUUAUUAUUAUUAUUAUUAUUAUUAUUAUUAUUAUUAUUAUUAUUAUUAUUAUUAUUAUUAUUAUUAUUAUUAUUAUUAUUAUUAUUAUUAUUAUUAUUAUUAUUAUUAUUAUUAUUAAUGUGCGUUCAAUUUUUCAUUACUUGUUCCCGAAGAAAACUACUGGUAUUCGAGAAUUAA